CUUUGCAAGGACCAAGACGCCGCCGGCGAUGAAGCUGUCGGAAAGUGAGGCCGACGUCGUCGAAGCUUCUAACCUGCAACUCCUUCAGUCUCUACUCGAUUCAAUCCCUCAAACACUCUCCUUCAAAGGAAAAUGGUCUAUCAUCGGAACCAAGCUCUCCGACCUCAAAAUCCAACUUUCCGACCUCUCUGACUUUCCUUCCAACUCUCUCUCCGUCGAUAUCCUCCGCUCCCUCUCUCAAACCCUAUCCCAAGCUCUUUCUUUGUCACUCACCUGCCACAGCGCCAACCUUCCUGGCGGCAAGCUCAAGACACAAAACGACAUCGAUUCGAUCUCAGCGAAAAUGGAUAGUCACAUUAAGGAUUGCGAGGUCUUGAUUAAAAGCGGCGUCCUCCACGACGGCGUUGUGUCCACCAGCUCCGCCACUGUUUCAAAGAGGGAGUCGAUACGAGUCGAGUCGAGGAAUUUGAUAACUCGGUUGCAGAUCGGUUCGACCGAGUCGAGAAACUCGGCUCUUGACUCGCUCCUUGGGUUGCUCCAAGAAGACGAUAAAAACGUGUUGAUCGCUGUGGCCCAGGGAGUGGUUCCCGUGCUCGUGCGCCUACUGGAUUCCAGCUCCACAUCGGAGAUUAAAGAAAAAACAGUGACGGCCAUCGCUAGGGUUUCAACAGUUGAUUCGAGCAAACACGUUUUAAUCGCGGAAGGUCUAUUGUUGCUCCAUCAUCUCCUCCGGAUUCUCGAAGCCGGUAGCGGGUUCGCCAAAGAAAAGGCCUGUAUUGCUCUUCAGGCUCUAUCCCAUUCCAAAGAAAACGCAAGGGCAAUUGGGUCAAGAGGUGGGAUUUCAUCGCUGUUGGAGAUUUGCCUGGCUGGCACUCCGAGCUCACAAGCCAUCGCCGCCGGCGUACUCCGAAAUUUAGCUGGUUUCUCUGAUACCAGAGAGAAUUUUAUCGAAGAAGACGCAAUUUCGGUACUUCUAACGCUCGCUAGCUCCGGAACAGUUUUGGCGCAAGAAUAUUCGAUUGCUUGUUUGAGUAACCUGGUUAGGGAAGAUGAUAAUCUUAAAGUGUUAAUUGUUCGAAAAGGUGCGUUCGAUAGUUUAAAAACUUUCUGGGAUUCUGCUCCUGCUGUUCGGAGCUUAGAGGUGGCAGUUGAAUUCUUAAAAAACUUGGCAUCUGAUCCACGGCUGGUGGAACCCAUUAUUUCUGAUGAGUUCCUGCCGCGAAUUAUCAAUGUGUUGAACUGUGGAGUAUUAGGAGUGAGAAUCCAGUCUGCAAAGGCAAUUUACCGGCUAGGAUGUAACACGAAAGCCAGAAAAGAGUUGGGCGAAUAUGGGUGUAUUCCACCAUUGAUAGCAAUGUUGGAGGGCAAAGCAAUCGAGGAGAAACAAUCAGCCGCAAAGGCAUUAUCAACAAUCAUGAUUUAUACAGGAAACCGAAGAAUUUACAGAAAGGAAGAAAGAGGGAUAGUGAAUGCAGUUCAGCUCUUAGAUCCUUCCAUACCAAAUUUAGAUAAGAAAUACCCUGUUUCAAUUUUAUUGUCUCUAAGCCAUUCGAAGAAUUGCUGCAAACAGAUGGUCAAUUCAGGUGCUUUGUUGUAUUUACAAAAGCUUGUAGAAAUGGAGGUUGAAGGUGCAAAGAAGUUACAGGAGACCAUCGGUCGUGGAAAGCUAUGGGGUGUUUUCACAAGGCCUUAAAGAUGAUAUAAUCCAUCCUUCUCAAAAAUCUGUAUGUAUUACACUACUUGUGUAUCUUGUUUGUUUUUGCUGUUUGUAGUUCCUUUGCCAUUGUUCAUAACUUUCUUGGUAGUGAUCUUAGUUGAGAAGUCAAUGCUUUCUUAUUAGUCUAAAGUCUGCUGAGAUAUAUUUGUCUUUAGAUAAUCCUUAAAAGCUUCGUUUGGUGGCCUAACUUGAAUUAAAAUUGUAAUCUUUUCCACCAAAAACUCAAUAAUUCAAUAAAUAUUAUCAAUUGCAAUUGACUUUCUCCU